CUGGCAUUUAUGGAUUGGUUAUUGAUGUGGGCGUUUUGGAUUCAGUUGUUUUACCGGAUUUCGCAUUAGUCUAAAUAUAUUUUCUACAUCUCUUUAGCGUUCAAUGAUUGGCAAACAUCCUUCUGGGUUGCCCAUUGUCCGCAGUCCGCGAAGUUAGGGGCCGGCGCCGGCGCGCGCUGACCAUGGACGAUGGGCGGCAGUAGCGCGGCGGCGGCCGAUGGCAGGGCGGACCGGCGCCGCCGCCUCCAGGCCCCCGCCGCCGACAUGAGCGGCCGCCGCGGCGCGAUCGGCGCUCGCCUCUGCUUCGUCAUGGGCUGCGCCUUCACCGUGUACGCCGCCGUCAGCAGGGGCCCGCUGCUGCUGCCGGUGGUGCCGGCCCAGCCGGCGGUGCCGUUCUUCGGGCCGGCCUCGGCGGUGACGGACUACUUCACCGGCGAUCUGACGGCGGCGCUGCGGCGCGCCGCCGGCCGCCACGCCACGCUGCUCUUCUUCUACGCGCCCUGGGACCACGCGUGCCGCACGGCCAGGCCGCAGCUGGAGCGGCUGGCGCGCGCCACGGCCGACCAGGUGGACGUGCUGGCCGUCAACUGCUGGCACGUGUCCGGCUCCUGCCGCAAGGACGUGAAGAAGGUGACCGCGUACCCGCUGCUGGUGCUGUACCUGCGCCACGGCCGGGGUCUGCAGUAUUCGGGCCCUCUGGAGGCGGCGCGCAUGGUGCGGUUCGUGGAGCGAGCGCUGCGGCCGCUGGUGCUGACAGACCCUGGGUGA